UUCAACUAGGGUAUCGUUUCUGCGUCGCUCUCGCUUUCGGCUUUCCUUCAUCUUUAGACUUGAAGACCACAGACCAGAUAGAGCAUCGGAAGAAAUGGAAUCUCAGGUGAAGCAUGCUGUGGUUGUGAAAGUCAUGGGCCGGACGGGCUCGAGAGGACAGGUGACUCAAGUGAGAGUCAAGUUUCUUGAUGACCAGAACCGCUUCAUCAUGAGGAAUGUCAAGGGGCCAGUGAGGGAAGGUGACAUUCUCACCUUGCUCGAGUCCGAGAGAGAAGCAAGGAGGUUGCGUUGAUGGGUCUUUCAUGUCGUUGAUCGCAACUUUUUUCUUUUUGUCAGUUUUGUUUACUUGCAUACUUCUGUGUUAGUGAAUUGUUUGGUACCAUUAGCAUGGCAAAACUUGAGUUUUGAGACUAUCUAUAUGUGGAAUGAUUUAGAUUUGUUCAUGGUGGUACAGAACUAAACUUGGGUUUUAUCAGUUUUUGCUUGCUUCAAGUGGUGGUUUAAUUGCCCCUUGUUCAUUUCUUC